AUGCAGUCUGUGAUUGUUGUAACAGUAGCUUUGUUAGGGUGGGCCACAGCGCAAGAUGAUUGCAUGCCGAAGCCAGGAGACAAGCAAGUUCAUCCCUACGACUGCUGUAAGUUCGCCAACAUAAUCCCAGAAGGGAUGAAAACAUCUGCAGAUAAGUGCAUACAGAAGUUUCCUCCACCUCCCAGACCGUCUGGCCCACCUCCUACAGGAGCACCAAUGCAGGAUCCUGCAAUGAAACGUUCUCACGCCUGUCUUGGAGAAUGCAUAUUCUCAGAGAGUGGACUCCUCACCUCAGACAAAACUCUGGACAGACCUGCUGUCAUGAAGUAUUUUGCGACAACUGACAAGGACUUCAGCCCCAUCAUUUCCACUGCUCUCAACAAGUGCCUCGGCUCCUACCAGGGUGACAUUGACCAGAGCCUUGAGUGUAAGAGUGGGGCUGCAGAAUUCAAGAAAUGCCUCUCCAGAGAGGUUUUCCUCAAUUGUCCCAGCAACUUGUGGACCUCUUCCAGCGAAUGUGGAGAUCUCAAGAGUAAAGUCAACAAGUGCCCGCAGAUGCCUGUUCAUAUGAUGGUUGGAGGUCCACGUCCACAAUAAUUUUCAAUUAUAGGUACAAUCUUCAUAUUUCUCACCAGAUUUUUUUAGUUUCACUAAAACUAUUAUUGAUAAAUAAGUAAAAAAAUACUGUGUAACUUUAUCAAACCUGUUAUAAUUUCUAAAUUUUAUAUUAUUUAAAAUAAUAAUGUUGAUAUGCUGAA